UAGCAGAUAAUGAUAGUUGUACUGUUGAACUGAGAACUAACCGGGGAAAAUAUGUUGAAUCAAAUCACGUUACUAUUCUGAGCGUGACUUGACACUUUUUCGACAACACAUCAAAGAGUAUAUAAACACUCAUUACACAAGUGUCACUGUCACUGUCAGACUGACAGUCAUUCAGAGUCGUAUUUCCUCCGUAUUUCAUGUUUAUUGUUUACUUCCCGAGGUUCCCGAUCUCAAUAAAUUUGAAGAUUUUUGAUUUUAAUCCGUGUUUUUGGGUGUGUAAUGGCUAAGUCAAAUAUUUUAAAGAAAAGACUGGAAAGUGACUUGAACGCGCCCCGCCCUUCAACGAGUAAGCCUGCACAAAACCAAGAAAAAUGUGCCAAACCUCUUUUAAAGCUGAUCAAGAAGCUGCUAAACUAUGUAGAUCAGGAGGAGAAAACCAUCCUCACCAACUCCGAGCUCAUGGAAAUCCUGUACCGAGAGUUUGACAUUGACACAUGGAACCUGCACAGUCUGGAAGUGCAAAUCUACAUGAAUGUCCUCAAAAAGUUCCUGAAACUUUGGCCCAAUUGGGACAGCAUCGACCAUUACUACAAGAAUGAUAAAGACACAGACGAAUUCUUGGAGAAAAAGUAUUACGUGAGCCUCAGAGAUUAUCUGAAGGAAAUGCUCGAACUUAGCAAAGAACCAGCUGCAGCUGUUAUGGAGAAAAUGCGCAAUGAAUUGAAAAACUUGGACAACAAACCAAAUAGAGAUGGUGUCGUAACAAUAUCCUGUUCACGGAAUCAAUUAAACAACCUCUUUUACCAGAGUCCGCACCCCGAAAACAACACAAUAUUCUGUUUCCAGAGCAACUCUGGCCCAUCAAAGAUAUCCACCUCAACCAUUACCUUCUAUGAGAUCCUCAACUGGCCAUCGGUCACAAUUUGGGUGGAUACUGGAAAGUUUGAAUACAUACGAAGAAACGAAUUCCACUACAAGCACACUCUUAUCAACCACGACCUAGGCUUCAAGCCACCACCACCAGAAAUAUGCAAAGAUGUGCUUGCCAAGAAUAAGUACAAGACUCGAAUCUUACAGACAAUCAGCAGAGGUGAGCUGAUGGUAUACUUGAACGAAUGGCACAGUCAAUUCAAAAGUUCUCCCACACAACAUGAACAAAUGGCCGACCGCAUAUAUUCGCUGAUCGCGUCCGAUAUGCAGCAUUUAAAGAGCGAUUCCGAACUUCUGGCCCACGACUACAUGUACUACCUCAACAAGUUUCCUUACGUGAGGUAUUUGUCAACUAAACUGGUUUCGGACGCCAGUUCCUCGGUGGAUCAGAAGUUGAACUUAGAUUUGCAAGAGUAUGUGUCUCCGUGCGUGAGCUUCAGCCUGUCAUGGUGCAAGGGGCGCGGUGUGGGCGUCGUGGCCAAGCCGACGGAGAGCUGGUUGAAGCUAAAGUGCGGCAGUUGUGACGUCACCUUCAGCGGGCCGUCGGAGCUGACUCUGAUGCAGCAGCACUUCCUGGAAAACCACAACAGUGAACCGGACUACAACUGUGCGCAGUGCGGGAAAAAGUUCACGUUCCCAAAUUUGUGUGGCCACAAGUGGAGUCACUUUUGUUAAAAUUAUGCAACUAGGUAUGAGUGAAACAAAUUACGUUACAUUAUGAGCCUUAGGUGUUGAUUUUUAUACUGUGUCAUUAAUGAAUAAGACUGGAAGACUUGUGGACUUGUUCAAGACUUUGUAAUCUGGCGCGAUGUGAUGUGAAUGAUUUUGAAUGAGAAUAAAUAUUUGGUGCAUGUCACGCUAAGUAAAUAAAUGUUAUUGUUUAAGUACUUA